AUGCAUUGUUGUUGUUCCCAGUCCCCACUUAUGGACCAAGUUGAAAUCACAGGAAAGUCACGAGCUUCAGUUGAAACCUGUCCCGUGGAGAAAGCUGAGAAAGAUGCAGUGGACAUUUCUGAGCCAAGUCUUUGCAUUUGCUUUGCUCAACCACUUGCCUCUGUCAUGUGCAGACAAGGAAAGCUCCAAGCCUCACAUAGUAUUCAUUGUGGCAGAUGACUUGGGUUGGGAUGAUAUAAGUUUUCAUGGGUCUAACCAGAUCCCUACACCAAACAUUGACAAACUUGCCAAGGAUGGUGUUAUCCUCAACAAUUACUAUGUACAACCCAUAUGCACUCCCACUCGUAGUGCAAUUAUGACUGGCAAACAUCCGAUCCAUACAGGUAUGCAGUCCGGUGUUAUUCUGGCUGCUCAGCCAUAUGGACUGGGCUUGAAUGAGACUCUCAUUCCACAGUACCUUAAAGAAUUUGGUUAUGCAACUCAUGGAGUUGGCAAGUGGCAUCUGGGUUUCUUUAAGUCAGAAUACACCCCCACCAAGCGUGGAUUUGACUCAUUCUUUGGCUAUUGGAGUGGCAAAGAAGAUUACUGGGACCAUUCAUCGGAUGCUCCUGGCCAGGGGUGGGGACUGGAUUUUCAUAACAACACUGAGAAUGACUUUACCAAAUGGGGCAUGUACAGCACUGAACUAUUCACUACCUUGGCCAUUGACAUUAUCCAGUCACAUGAUCAUUCCAAGCCUUUGUAUCUGUAUCUGCCCCAUCAAGCAGUGCACAGUGCAAAUGGGAUACAGCCUCUCCAAGCCCCUGAGGAACUAAUCAAGAAGUUUAAACACAUCGAGGAUGAGCGAAGGAGAAUCUAUGCUGCAAUGGUUACUGCCUUGGAUGAUUCUGUUGGAAAGGUAACAGAAGCCCUGGUAGCAAACGGUUUGUACAAUAACUCUGUGAUCAUUUUCACAACAGACAAUGGCGGCCCUGCAAACGGGUUUGACAAGAACAUGGCAUCCAACUUUCCUUUGCGUGGUGUGAAAGCUACUCUGUGGGAAGGCGGAGUUCGCGGAGCAGCCUUCGUUCACAGUCCCUUGUUGAAGUCAAGCGGCCGAGUAAGCCUGGACCUGAUGCACGUGUCGGACUGGGUUCCUACCUUAUAUGGUUUAGCGGGAGGAGACACUAGCAAGCUUAGUAACCUUGAUGGGGUCGAUAUGUGGGCUACCAUCUCCGAUGGAGAGAGUUCCCCUCGUCAAGAAUUACUGCAUAAUAUUCAUCCAAGUGGUGGGGAGGCUGCUAUGCGGUAUGGGCAGUGGAAGAUAGUUGUUAAUGCUAGCAAAGGAUGGAAUGGAUGGUAUCCUCCACCCGGAUAUGAACAAUCAAACAUUUUUAACCACACCUUAAAAAACGCAGUGGUAAAAUGCGACUCACCGCCCAGCGACCCACCCACAUGUACCAAAUCUGACGGACCUUGCUUGUUUGAUAUCGAGAAAGAUCCUUGCGAGUAUGUGAAUCUGGCGAGUCAACACAACGAUAUCGUUCAGGAAUUGUUGGCAAAGUUGGAGAAAUACAGAAAAUCCAGUGUCACGCCCAGAAACCAGCCCAUAGACCCCAAGGCUAAUCCAAAAUAUCAUGGUGGAGCUUGGAUCGCAUGGGACGAUUAGAAGGCGUUUCGAUUGAGUGUCGUGAAACCUAACCCAAAGUGAUAACAACGGCCAAUCAGAAGAAAGAAAUAUACGUUGAGGGGCCAAUGAGAACUCAAAGUAGAAACGAGGAAACUGCUUAAAGCGCGGGAAAACGCGGAUGACCAAGUCCUGAUUGCUGUUUGUUUGCAUCUGAUUGGUUGAGAGAGUGGCGCGAGUUUACUGCACCAAUCACAGCAAAGUAAAGCAAAAUCAAUGUAAUCCCGGGUUAAUUUCGCGACUCAAUGUCAAGUUUUUCUAGCUUGCAAUAUGGAGUGCAAUUUUCAUCUGAUUGUCGAAAGUAAACCGGGGUUGCAUUGAUUUGCUUUACUUCUCUCUUAGUAUAGAAGACUCAAGCCAUCUUCUAAACAAAUCAGAUGCAAAACUUAAACCAAUCACGACUUGUACGGGUGUGUUUUCUCUCACUUCAUACAGGGUACCCAUGUUUCUCGUCAGUUCUGGUCAGUCGUUUUAAUAGCUCUUGAAAUAGUUUUAGACACUCAAUCAAAAUGCGCUGCUUUGCUGUAGUAAUAUAUGGACUUAAAGAUUAUGUGGAGGGUGAAAUUGUGGUAAACUCUUGUUCGAUAGUUUUAUUUUUAGAUGUUGUAAAAGAGUGUACCUAACCGUAACUGGAGAACACACACCUCUACAACCUUUUAGUUUAACCGACGACAGCAUGACAGGCCAAAAUGAACUUCGAAUUUUUGAUUGUCACAUCAAAACAUUCGCCCCACUGAAAGACAGUCGAGUUUGGAUUUAAAACUAACGCCAAAGUAUGACCUAAAGAAGAAAACGAACUUUAAAAAAAUGAUAUAUUGUAUGAUGAUUAACACUUUGGCAGCUAGCAUUAGUUCCUUGAGAAUACUGCAUUCAAAAUACUGUAUACAGCUUGGACAGUAUACACAUUUUUAUGGGUUGUUUCCUGUGGAUUAUUGGAAAACAGUCGUACGGCUGACAUAUUCAUUAGAAUUUUAUGUAGAAUUUUUUGUUUGCUUUAUCAAAGACACUCGCUAAUGUUUCUACUCCCUUUGUACUUUCUUUGUAAGUUAACGAUUUUUACUAAAGCAUUUGGAGGCACAAAUAUUUUCGAGAUUGAGAACUGUAAUCGGUCGAUGGUUUCAAUGAAGACAAAGCGUUGCAAGUAAAAUUUGAAGGAAUAAAUGAGUGGUGAUCCGAA